CUUUAUUCACCACCAAUUCAUCGUCGGCAUUGAAGAGCUUGAACCAGAAAAAUUCAUUCCAACUCUACAUCAAUUUCGAGGUCAUGGCUCCCCCUUUGCAAUGGAUGAAACUGCAUUGUCCAUGUUGGAGGACAUUCUGCAGAACUAUGAAAUUAUCAAUCUAUGCAUUGUGUUGAUCAUUCUAAUUAGGCUACGGAAUAUGAAGUCUAGAAGAAAUAUGCAUUUCAGAAAGGCUUAUAAAAAUUCUAGAGCGCAGGCCGACUCAGGUCAAGUACUUGAACAGGCUCGUAGGAGUGACAGAUUACGACUGCUUGGCUAACCUUCGGAUGGACCGUAAUACUUUUGGAAGGCUUUGCCGUCUAUUCCGACAGUUGGGUACUCUACGGGAUAAACGGUACAUGGGCAUUGAAGAGCAGGUGGCCAUGUUCCUAGGAAUCUUGGCUCAUCACGAAAAAAACCGAGUUGUGAAGUUCAAAUUUUGGCGAUCAGGUCACACUGUUUCAAAAUAUGUACAUAAAGUCCUCAUGGCAGUUUUGAAAAUGCAUUCGUUAUUCCUUGUUAAUCCUGAUCCAGUUCGUGAGGAUUGCAUAGAUCCAAGGUGGAAAUGGUUCAAGGGAUGUCUUGGAGCCCUCGAUGGCACUUACAUAAAUGUAUCGGUGGCCACCGCAGACAAUCCUAGAUAUCGAACAAGAAAAGGACAAAUUGCAACAAAUACAUUGGCUGUAUGUGAUCGCUACAUGAGGUUCGUAUUUUUCCUACCGGGUUGGGAAGGGUCCGCCGAUGAUGCAAGAAUUUUACGUGAUGCCGUAAAUCGCCCGAACGGUUUGAGAGUUCCAAUAGGGAAUUACUACCUUUGUGAUAACGGCUAUGCUAAUAGCGAGGGGUUCCUCACCCCUUACAAGGGGUUUAGAUAUCAUUUUAAGGAGUGGGGACCGGCAACGGAGCGGCCACAAAAUGCGGCUGAAUCAUUCAAUAUGCACCACACACGAGCACGAAACGUAAUUGAACGUGCAUUUGCGGUACUAAAGAUGAGGUGGGGCAUAUUGAGGAGUGCCUCUUUCUAUCCAAUCAAAGUCCAGAUUCGAAUGAUUAUGGCCUGUUUCUUAUUGCACAACUACAUCCGUAGUGUGAUGUCUGUUGACCCUAUUGAAGCACUAAUUGAUGGGGAACAGGAGCAAGGAGGUGGGGACGAUUGACUAAGAUGAUGGGGAUGCGGAGUUUGUUGAUAGAAUAGAACCUGGGGAUGCCGAGUAUGUUGAUGGAAUAGAACCAACAGCUGCAUGGAACCAACGCAGAGAUGAAAUUGCCCAAGCUAUGUUGGCUCAUGACAACAGAUUGCGUUAGGGACUUCGAUGCUGAUAUAUCUCAUAUGUUGUUGUAAUUUGCCUCGACAAUUAUGUACUAAUCGGAUGUAGACAAGAUAGAUCAGGACCUCAACUUCAUUAUGUAACCUUAUGGUUGACCUAAAAUUUGUCUA